UCGUUGCAGCUGGAUUACUAGUAAGCAUCUCGAAAAAACCGACUCUACAUCCCUUACUUGAAAAUCCAACUCGAAAUCCUAACUCGAAAAUCCAACUCGAAAUCCUAACUCGAAAUCCUAACUCGGGAGUUAGUUUGUCUCGAUCAGAGCUAGGAGUGAAAUGCAUACCGCAUUUGUUAUCCGAACCUAGCGGUAUCGUACGUGCAGCCAGCUGAUGUUGUACGUGAAUGACGUAAAGCUGGCACUCUUCUGAUUACCGUGUGCCUUUAGAAUCUCUCAACUCUCAGGAUACCCAGGUGGCAGUUACAGAAAGAUGGCAACCAAAAUGAACCCCCCACUCUUAAGAUAUGGAUGGGGAAAUUUCAGACCGAGAUAUCUUCAAUUUAUGAACAAUUGCAAAUGUUUCUUGUUAUUUGCCACCGCUUUCAGCAUUAGUCAAGGGAUGACCGUUGGCGGUAUAACCUCUACCGUCCUCACAACUAUUGAAAAGCGAUUCCAGUUUACUAGCAAAGAAACGGGAUUUAUCGCUGCUUCCAAUGAUAUUUCUGCCAUUCUACUGACAUUUAUCGUCAGUUAUUGUGGCGGUUAUGGAAACAAGUCCAGAUGGUUAGGAUAUGGAGCUCUGAUAACAGGUAUUGGAUGCUUAUUACAUGCCCUUCCCCACGUUAUAAUCGGGCGAUAUCAACCGGAGGCUGACCACGGAACCUCUACAGGUCAAAGGCAGCUCUUAUGUCACACGAACACCACAAACACAACAUCGGGUUUAGAAAGUUCCCAGUGUCUCUCGAAAUACGCAGAGAACUGGUACUACCUGAUGAUCUUUUCGGUUGCGCAAAUGGUCAUGGGAGCUGGAACGUCACCCCUCUACUCACUGGCGCCCGCUUAUAUCGACGAAAAUGUCCACCCAAAAUCAUGUCCAGUCUACUUUGGUGUUUUCUUCGCAGCAGCAAUUGUUGGUCCUGGGUUAGGGUUUCUUGUUGGAGGUGCGAUGCUUUCAAACUACGUCGAUUUGGAAAUGCCCAAAGGCUUUCACAUCACUCCUCGUGAUACACGUUGGAUAGGGGCCUGGUGGCUUGGGUACGUAAUUGGUGGAAGCCUUCUAGUCCUCACCAGUGUGGCCCUUUCAGGAUUUCCGCGGCACCUUCCCGGUGCCAAGGAAAGGAGAGAGAAAUUGUUGAAAGAAAGCGCUAUUCCUUUAAAUGACCAAAAUAUAAAGGAGACCAUAAAAAGUAUCAUCCCAGCGACAGUGCAGCUACUCAAGAAUCCUGUGUUCGUUUUUAAUGCUUUGGCCCUCUCGGCAACCACUUUCGGUAGCGCUGGCGUGGGGCCUUUCAUUGUGAAAUUCCUUUAUCUGAAGUUUAAUCUAAGUUUGGCCAUUGCAGGACUGGCGAUAGGGGUAGCGGUAAUUCCUGGUGCUGGAGUUGGUGUAUUCUUGGGAGGUCUUCUUGUCCGUCGUUUCAAAUUAAAAGAGGCACUCUUUAUGGCAGCCAAAUGGUGUUUGAUCAUCAAGGUUGUCACAAUGCUUACAAGUUUUAUUUGGUUAAUACCUGGAUGUGACGAGGUGCAACUUGCUGGGAUAGUCAAACCAUACUGGGACAGCACAAUUAGAGACGAUUCUCUGAUCUCAACAUGUAACAAAAACUGCAGUUGCCCUCUGACCCUGAUCCGACCUGUGUGCGGCUCGGACAAAUUAACGUACUUUUCUCCUUGUUUUGCUGGUUGCACUUUAUCAGCCCCCAAUGGGGUUUACUCUGGUUGUAGCUGUGUCUCACCACCUUUCAAUGUCUCAGUACCCAUGGCUUCUCGUGGAUUAUGUGACAGAGGCUCAGGCUGCAAAAAUCACAUCGCAUUUUUGGUCGCUGUACUACUUCUAUUGCUGACAGGUCUAAUACUUUCUGUGCCAAACAAGACUGUGGUACUGAGGUCAGUUCCUGACAACAUUCGCUCCUACGCGCUUGGCUUCCAGUUUGUAUUUCAGCGAACUCUUGGAUUCAUUCCCGGACCGAUACUUUAUGGUUGGCUUUUUGACACUCGCUGCCUUGUUUGGGCGGAAAACUGCGGUCGAAGAGGCAAUUGUCAGUUCUAUGAUGUACCUAGUUUGUCCUUUGGCAUCAUGCUUGUCACCGGAACUUUCCAUGUGUUGGCUGUUUUAUUCUAUUUCAUUUCGUUUUGGUACUGUCGCAAAAGAACUGCUUUAGACGAGGCAAAAAGCUCCAGGAAAUCGGUAGAAAACGGCAAGGAAUUAAACGAUCAGGACUCAAGCUUGUAAGGAAAGUCAUAGCUUCCAAGUCUGUUCUAUGGUCCUUUUUGAAACAGAGAUUACGUAGGUAACUUUAAGUGUCUCAGUGCUAGUUUUUUGGUGUCAACCUCUCUUAACAUUUUCAUUACGGUGGGCAAUGUCUAAGUGACGCGUUAUUAAUUUGUGACGUUGGAAUUUUAAGUUUUCCCUUUUCAAUUCGACAGGCGUGUAAUACUGUUUAAAGUACUUGUGACGCUGGAAUUUUGUGAAAAUUAUUGCAUGAAACGGGAUCAGAACCCACCCACCCUUUACUACCUUCUUAUGAACAAUAAAAAUAACAUAACACAGCCGGAAGACGGGUUCCUGGUUAAUUUCAUACAGUUAUAGCAAUACACAUUAGAGACUACACAAUUAGAAUAUAUGGCAAUAACUUAUUGGAAAAUUGUGACGGAGAACCAUACCACAACAAUACUUAAACUGUUACCACAACCA